UAUAUAAGUGGUGGCGUUGCCUCCUCCUCCUCCAGUACAGGUGCCCAGGUGGAAGAAGAAGACAUGUGGUGGUUUGCUGUUGUAGUGAGUGUGGUGUCAGCUGGCGGGCUGCGGCUGGGCGUGGCGGGGGAGGCCACCCCGGAGCCAGACCCGCUGGUGGUUUACGCCUUCCCCUCGUGGGCGGCGGAGAUGUUCGGCACGCCCGAGGAGGUGGCCCAGGCCAGCGCCACCGCCAUGACCCCGCGCGGGCCCGUCCCCACGCAGACCCGUCUCCCCUUCGCGCCCGUGGCCGCCCCUCCCUCACCCCUCCUCGCCAUCAGGGACGCCCAGGCGGCGCCUCCACACCUGCUGGCCCUCCAGACGCCUGCCAUCCACAACGUGCAGCUGCUGCAGAGACCCCUCGGACUGCUGCCCUACCCUUACUUCAUGCCUGCCAUGCACCUCAGGGUGCCCUACGCCCCCAUCAUUCCCUACGACACCCGCUACCGCCCCCCGCACUCGUCUAUCCCGCCCUGCCUGCCAUAGCCUACGCCCACUCACGCCCCGACCAUGUGGAUGACGACGAGGACGAUGAGGACACCAAGGUGGAGGCGCGGCCCACCUACGUGAGGGUGGGUCACUUCCCGACGGAGGUGGCGGGCGUGUUCACCCUGAGGGGCGCUGAUGACGGGGGUCCUCCCGCUCCCGCUGGCAUCGUGCAGUCCACGGCGCCCAUCUUCUCCCGCGUGCCCUUCACCAACGCCAAGGCACACCCCAGCCUGAGGGAUGCCCAGCCUUCCAAAGACGGCGCCGUGAUAGCAGAGUAACCCCUGUCCCUUCCCGCCUCGCCCUCAGCCCCCUCCCGCCCACAGCAGCAGCGGGGCCUCAGCUUUACCGGGUGUUCCCAGGGACGCUGACCUGACCUGACCUGCCCUCCCUGGCGUUACCAACCACGGCCCUGUGUGUGUGUGUGUGUGUGUGUGUGUGUGUGUGUGUGUGUGUGUGUGUGUGUGUGUGUGUGUGUGUGUGUGUGUGUGUGUGUGUGUGUGUGUGUGUGUGUGUGUGUGUGUGUGUGUGUGUGUGUGUGU